GAGCGGGGGCCGGGCCCCGGGCAGGCGCUGGCCGUCCCCACCAUGGCUCUGCGGCGGGUGCUGGGGCUGGGGGGGGCCCUGGGGCGCCGGAGCUGCUGCUCCAAGCGCCCGCUGCCCCCCGACUUCGUGGAGGCCCUGAGGGCGGUGGUCGGGGGCCCCAACAUCUCCACGGCCAUGGCAGUGCGCGAGCAGCACGGCCACGACGAGUCCAUGCACGUCUGCGCCCCGCCGGACGCCGUGGUGUGGCCCCAGGCGGUGGGGCAGGUGCAGGAGCUGGCGGCGCUCUGCUACCGCUGCCGCGUGCCCAUGGUGCCCUUCGGCACCGGCACCGGCCUCGAGGGCGGCGUCAACGCCGUGCAGGGCGGCGUCUGCUUCGACCUGAGCCGCAUGGACGCCAUCGCGGAGCUGAGCCUCGAGGACUUCUCGGUGACGGUGGAGCCCGGCGUCACCCGCAAGGCCCUCAACAGCCACCUGCGUGGCACCGGGCUCUGGUUCCCCGUCGACUCCAGGGCAGACACCUCGCUGUGUGGCAUGGCAGCCAUGGGUGCCUCGAGCACUAACGUGGUGUGCUACAGCACCAUGCAGCCCCAUGUGCUUAAGCUGUGUGUGGUGCUGCCGGAUGGGUGCCUGCUCCACACUGCCAGCCUUGGACCCAGACUGUGGGCACUGGGACUCCGGGCUGGUGGGGGCUGCAGGGGCACCCACUCACUGGCCCCUCACAGGAAGCAGGCUGCCAGGUGA